CGUAAAAGUAUAAAAAAAAAGAAAUCUAUUUACAUCAAAUAGGAAAUAAAUAAAAAAUUCCAGUGGUCCAACAAAAUUAACUGUGUUUAUUAGCUUGUAAUUGUCAAAACAACAAUAAAAACAUAUCUACAGAAUGUCUGUGCUGCAAUUCUUGAAACGUUCCGUAAAUCUCAAUCAGCCUACACUGAAGCUGCUGGGUGCGCGUCACAAAGUUUAUUACAGGACAAACAAAGAGGACAAGAAGAGUAUUCGCGACUACGAUGACGGCUACUACUACCGCAAUGGGGAAGAGCAAUAUGCACAAACGCUACGCAAUCGGCAGGCCGAGGUCUUGCGCUUCGAUGAUAUUUACUACAAACUGAGCCGCAACAGACGCAAGUUCAAUCAAACCCAUAUCGACUUUCCGAACUGCACCUGUGCUGAGGACUUGAAGGAGUAUGAAAAAGCGAAAGGAAAACAGCCGCUACCAGAAACCGCUAGCCCUGUCAAGGACCCCUAUCGGCUCUACAGUAUGUGAAAAUAGAAGACGAAUGACUGUCGCGUUGGAGUAGAAUGGUUGAUAUUGCCGUAGGGCGCGCUCUAUCUAGCACAAAAGCGUGAUUAGACCUAAGUGUCUAUUAAAUAAUAAAGUUAGAUUUGAUUGAAGAAAAAAUUUAAAAAGUUUAUAUGCAAAUUUACUAUUAAUUUUCAUACCAUAAGCACUUUUAAUGAAACUUACUUAU